AUGAGUCUAAAACCUUAUGUAUAUCCUAGAUGUUAUGAUAUGACUGAAACAUUUGAGAAAGAAAUGAUUAAAAAAACAUAAUUUUUCAAUUCCAACUUGAGAGUAUCUAGAAGAUAAACAAUGGCUGAAACUUUUAGGGACUCAGAUGAACUAGGAUAAGAUAAUAAUUAAUUAUCAAAGUAAAAUAAAAUUGAGGAUGAAUACAAGACAAGAUUAAGUUUAUAUUCAAGAAUAAACAGACUUAAGUCUUAUAUUAGUGACAGAUCAAAAUAAAAUUCUUUAAGUGAUAGAAUCUCUGGUGAAGUUGAAUAAGUUUGUUUAUCAAAGAGUCUAAUCUGUUCUCAUAACUCUUAGAAUUCAUAUUAAAGAUUAAAAAAACUAUAUUAAACAGAACUGAAAUCUUGUGCUUAGUCUGCUGAAAGAAAUUAAGAUUUUAAUUAAACCAAUCUCUCUAAAUCUAAAGUUUAAGGUAAAAAAAGAGCUUCACUUCAAUUGAUGGAUGUUAAUAACUUUCAUAAUUGUUCAAUUAAUGAAAAUUAACUUUAAGAAAAUAAAUGCUCUGAAGAUUUUAAUAAUUAAAAUAAAUCUUCAAGAGCAAAUAGUUUUCAAAGAGCAAAUUCAACAAAAAAAAAAUAGAGUAGUGUUAUUUUUAGGAAUUAAACUAAUAAAUUGAAUUUUAGUCUUUUUACUAAACUUUAGUAAUUAAAACAUAAAAAACAAGACUAAAGAUUGUCAUUUAUGGUUUUUGCGGAUUAUUAAUAUUUUUGA